AUGGAGCGUCGCAAGGCUCUCAGUUCGUAUGCCAAGUUGAAGGAUCAGCAGGGGGCGGCGGCUGUAGCAGCAGAUAUGGUGACGCCGCAGAAGAACAACGAGAGCGGGGACUCGCUGCCCGCCUUGCGCCGCUCUCACUCCGUCCGCUCCUCCCUGCGACGGCUAAAAAACAAGCUGCACAGUCCCGCCCUGCCGCUGCAGUCUCCCUUCAAGCUGCGCACCCAGCUGCACAUGCGCAGUCGCAGCUCGCGAGGAUCGGCCACUUUGGACAAGAGCAAGGCGGCCAAGGCACUGCGCAUGCUCGGCGACCUGGACGCGGUGGCCGUUCUGACCACCAAAGUAAAGGGAAAGAACGAAUUUGUGCCACUGAAAAGCAGGGAAAUGAACUCGGAUUCCUGUGACCACGGUGAACUGGGCAUUGAACGGCUCAUGUCCACCCUGCCAGUGGGAGCCACUUUACCGCGGAAGGCCUGCAAGUUGCUCCAGAUCCCCGAGAGUUACUGCCGGCGGACGGACUGUGCCCCAAAAGCUACCCUGGACUCGGACCUGGAGAGGACCCUGAGCGGUGAGGAAUCCAGUUCCGUGCUGGCGGAUAUCACCCGACAUGCCCAGCAGGGCAUCUAUGGAACGACGCGCAUGCGCACAGCUACUAUUCGGAAGCCGAUGCCCUAUCUGAACAGCCACAACAUAUUGCCGCAAGAUAAACGUGACGGUGACAUCGAUAGUGUCAGGCUGCGGGAGAAGUUGGUGGUGCCACCGAUUGCGGGUGCCGGCAAUAAUAACAACCAGGACAACUACCCCACCUACUACCCGGCCCCCUUGCUGUCCACCAGUCGCUGGUCGGAACAGCUGACGCAGCAUGCGACGGUAGCCAAGAUCCGGACAGCCAUCUCCUGCCACUCUCAGGAUCUCAAGGAAAUGGAGUUCCUUCUGCCGCACUCGCGAACCGAAUCGCAGGCGAAUUCCCAAUCGCAGCUCUGCAUUUCGCGGCACUCGCAGCCCAAGAAUGCCAAGCUGCGGGAUGAUCACGACGAGACGGGCUCCUCGGAGCCGGAUUCACCGCCGCUGGGCGAUGAGAAUGCCUCGGCGAAUGGACAACUGUCGGUGCACAGGCAGCCGGUACAGCUGCGCAGUAAAAUCCCGGGCAACACACCGCAUCCGCGGGCCAGCAAAAUGUCCAAGAAACAGCUGAAGUUGGCCCAGGCCCAGCUGGACAAGCUGACGCAGAGCAAUCUGCACUUGCAUGCUCUGUUCUCGGCGGUGGAGCAUGGUCAUCUGGAGAAGGCAAGGACUAUUCUAGAGUCCACCGACGUUGAUGUGAAUAGCAUCAAUAACGACGGACUAUCCGCUUUGGACUUGGCCGUUCUCAGCAAUAAUCGCUCCAUGACCAGGAUGCUGCUCCAGCAUGGCGCCAUGGAGGGCUCUCAAUUCUCCGUGGACACCAUCGGCACCAAGCUGAACGGCCUGCUCAAGGACGCCGAGUCGCGGAUUCACGAUCUGAGUGGACCGGAGGGUCUGUGCCCGCCCAUGUUCGCCUCGCGUCCCUCCAUCUCGAGCAUCAUAAUUGGCAAUUCAAGCGCCUCGGUGACCGGCUGCACGGGCAGCGAGGUGGAGAAGCAGAUCGGCAUCUGGGAGCGCCGCGUGAAGGGACUGCGCCGCCUGCAGCUCGGCUGGGAUCAGGCCAGGCCACCAGAUGCCCCCGCCUCGGUGGUCGUCGACGUCACCGGCGACAAUUCCAUCAGCGUCCAAAUCCUAGAGCCCUUCGAGGGGGCCAUUGGCACGAAAUUCAAAGUCCAAUGGUCGACCCGCGCGGAUUUCAACAACGUUGUGGGCGAGAGUGAGUUGCUGGAGUGGAUCAGCUUCCAUGGCACGAUGGGCGCCCAGUGCCACAUAUCGGGCCUCACCCAGGGUCGUCGCUACUUCCUGAGAGCCGCCUGCGGAAAUGUCAAGGGCUGGGGUGCCUAUCGAACUUCGGUGCCCGCCAGUGUGGUGCCCUCUACUUGGAGGGACUUGGACAAUCGGGAGGAUCGAUUCGUGGGCCGACACCGCAUCCUGGACAAUCUGUUCACCGCCGUGCGACUGGCCAGACCCGCCGACGUCUCCGAGUUGACCUUGGAUCCAGCGAGCGCCCAAAGGCGCAAUCCUAAGAAGAAGACCACCAUCAAGCAGCUGUUCUCGGUCACCUCCAAGUUCCAAAAGACACUGAGACGCGGCAUUUACUUCUCUUGCAUAAUCCACUGCGACGAUAAAGUUCUGGUCACCAGCGAGGACUUUCCGCCGGUCAUCGAGGUGGACGAGUCCUAUCCCAGUGCCCUGCACAUGGAUUACUACUGGCUGAUGAAGGUGGCCUGCACCUGGGAGGAUGUCAAGUCUCUCCGUUCCGACAUGGAGCGCAAUCUCACGUCCGCCGUUCACUUCCGCACCAAGCUUCUGUCGGCCGUCUGCCAGAUGCAAUCGGCGCUGGGCAUCACGGAUUUGGGUCAGCUGUACUACAAACCACUGCGGGAUGCCCAAGGCACCGUGGUGCUGACCUGUGUGCAGUCGGUGAAGAGCCAGAAGGCCGUCUCCAUCCUGAACUCGCGUUGGCUGCCGGUCAGCAAGCUGCAGAAGAAGCUGGGUGCUCUGCACGAGGACUACACCAUCAACGAGCUGCUCAUCUCCUCGAUUGGCGAUCAGCUGCACUACCAGCAGGCGGCGCUGCAGCGACUGGAGCCGGGUCUCUACCUGGGCUACCUGAAGAUGCAGUGCUCCAUGGACCAGAUCCAGGUGGUGGUGCCCGUGAAGACGCCCAAUGUCCUGCCCCACUGCAAGGUGCGCGAGAAUAGUCACAUUACUGCAGAGGAAUGGCAGGUGCUCCACCGCUGCAGUGGCGAUCCUCUCCGCCUGCCGCUGGACUUUAGCUCUCAAGGAGGUGAUUCAGCCUGUGGAGGAACAGCUACCACCGAGGUGCAGCGGCUAUUCCUGUACGAUCUCACCAAUGCUAUGCACAAGCUGUUCGCGAGCAUGAACAUCAAGGCCAAGGAUGCCACCACCCAUCGGCUGUACGACGUGGAGGUGAUCGAGCACAGUCCGGACAUUAGUUUCCUGGUCGUCUGCCCCUCCGCCGAAUCCUCGUGCGCCGUGCCCGGCCAGUCGGAGUUGCUGCUGCAGCGGGAUGACCUGGCCAGUCUGAGUAUCCAGGCCUUCGAGAUGAUUCACCUGCGCACCUAUCAGCCGGCCAUUAUUCAAAAGUACGCCCGUCUAUCCUGCAUCCUCGAGUUGGACACCGCUUUGGCCACUCAUGCGCUUCGCGAGGCUUUCUCCAGCAGCGAACUGCAGGCGGCCAAGGAGCGUUUGGCCACGCUGCAGGAGCUGAGCUCGAGCCUCACGAUUGUGUGGAAGAGCGUGCGCUGGCUAAUGGAUGUGGUGGCCUAUGCGAGGAACAAGAAUGCACAACCCUCGCUGGCGAUGCGAGAAAUCCUGGAUUUUUCACAGCAGCGGCAGGAUGAAGCGGUGGCUGGAUCAUCGGCGGGUUCCACUAGCAAACAGCUGCUGCAGCUGCCCAUUCGUGAAAGUAAAUUCUCCAAGACUGGUCAAGGCAGGGGCAGUUGGCCAGGUCCGGGAACCAACGAGGAUCCCACGCAGCGCAAGCCGGAGCACUCAAAAUCGGAGCAGAAUCUAGAGCUGAGUGUUAUUACGCCGGUGGAACCUGCGACCAAACCAGUUCCUACUCCGCAGCAGCAAUCGCAACAGCAGCAACAGCAACUUUUGCAAGUUUCCACCACCAGCGAAUAUGCGGGCUCCAUUUGCUCGGAAGUUUCCUUCCGCAAGAACAGCGGCGACUCCAUGAGCUCCACCUACACGUCUCGCAGCUUCUACUCCGCCGUGGAUUCCGCCUCGGAUGGAAAUAGCACAAACAGUGUGUUUGCCAUUCCGCCCUCGCGAUCCGACGACACCUUGGCGGAUGCACUGCGUCACUCGCAGGCGGUGGCUGCCCAACGCAAGCGAACCAGCUCCAAUAUCGGUCCCCAGACCAAUCCCCUGAUCACGGUGCACAGCUCCAACUCGGCUCCGUAUCUGGCUGGAUCCAGUGUAUCCUUAAGAAGCGGCAAUGGAGCCUUCGCCACGGAUCUGGAGCACAAGCCACUGAAGCCAGCGACCAAGGCAUCCUCCAGUGCGAAUCUACGCGAGGGAGGACCCUAUUUGAAGAGCACCCUGGCCGAGCUGCGGGCAGUGGGCGGCGAGGAGCCGGUGGCCAGCACCUCGAAGGCCUCGUCGAUGAAGAGCUUGUCGCGGCAGAGCAGCGAAGAGGACUCCGCCAGCUGUUCCAGCCUCAACGCCGAGCAGACGCCGGGGAUUAUUCAGGUGUAUACCGCCUACAAUACGGGACUGGCCAGUGGAACCAGCCUGAAGCUGCACGUAACACCCAAGACGACGGCCCGGGAGGUGAUCAACCUGGUGGUGAAGCAACUCAACAUGGCCGUCGUGCUUAAGGGAAACAACGGGCCCGUCUACGGACCCGAGAUGCUGGAGAACUUUUGCCUGGUGGCGGUGAUUGGAGCUAGGGAACGGUGCCUGCGGGAUGACUUCAAGCCGUUGCAGCUGCAGAAUCCCUGGAAAAAGGGGCGUCUGUACGUCCGCAAGAAGCACGAGUUGCUGGCGGCCAUCGAGCACUCCAACCGGAAAUCGCAUUUGAUCUGAAGAGCAGGAUAACUAGCGAAUGAGAUCUCUCGAGAUUUAAAAGUUUAAGAUUUAAGAUAUGGCGAAAGUCGGCAUAUUCACGAUUCACCACUUUGUUUUUGAAACUUUAGAGAUUUAUCUGCAAUCCGGGAUUUUCGUAUAUUGUACAUUUUGUUGUGUUUUAGUUUUUGGGUUCCCCCAAUCACAAUUCCCAACUCCCACCCUCUUCAGGGCCAUGAUCGUUGACCAAUCCCCGAAUUAGACUGAAUUACUUAUGUAUGCUGCAAUGGCAAACUGAUAAAAUUGUAUUUGAAACGGUAUUAUAUUUUGAGUAGUUAUACAUUCUACAUUACCCAAGCAAACACGAACACACACAAGCGAAUCGGACUAAACAAAAACAGAUUGUUGUUAGUUGUUCUAGAGUAAAGAAGGCUACGCCCGUACAUAAGUAGUAUGUAUGUUAUAUAAAUAUUAUGCGUGCAUCAAUGUAUUUUAUUGUAUGUAUUUUUGUAGAUUAGUAAACAAAUGUUUUGAUUGUAUUUUUGUGGCAUUUUUAGGGGCACAUUUUUUGAUCUAAAUGUUAAAUCGUAAAUCGGUAAAUACGGAACACGAAAACAAACAACCAAAUUGUUGGCGAAACUCAAAGAACAAAUGUCAAUAUGCAUUUUAAGUGUCACUCUUGAUGUCUUUGAUGUGUGUGUGUUCUUAGAAAUUGCAAUUCCCUUGGAUUAAACAAAUAAUUUAGCUGUAAUCAAUUGCUUAGUAUGUAAACAAAUCACCGCAACACAAAUGAUAACGAAAACGGAGAAUAUUUUUUAAAAAUAUAUUGGCACAACUGAAUGUUGAAAAAAGAAUAGGCAACUUGAAAUUAAACUGUUUGUAUUUAUUAACUGUAGCAAUGAUAUCUCCGAGUCCAAGUCCGACCCUAUCUACUCCACUCAGCAAUUGGCUCGACGAGCUUCCUAUACACUUGAUAAUCCUACUCCACAAUCUACUCAACUGUUGGCCCACUUAGAACCCAUACUAUUAACGUGGCUAUCUCAAUGUGCGAAGCCGUAUGUGUCUAUAAAUAACUACUCUACUCUGUACUCUCUCAAUAGGAAAUACCAUAAGUAAACUAGAGGAAGUUCUGCAGAUACACGUGUUUGUUGUGAACCGGUAGUCAAAGAACAGUCUCAUUGUCAAGCUCAUGAUGUCCCAAUUUAAACUUAUUUCCAUUGGACGACAAGUCGAAUUUAGAUUGGAGUCGCAGGUCGUGAAAAGUAUACAUUUUGAAUCUUAUGAGAAACUAGACGAGAACACUUACUUUAAAGAAUGUGCAACACAGAGUCCAUAACAAAGAUAUCGAACUAUUUAAGAUGUCUACGACCAACAGACGAUUUUUGUACGUUUAUUUCUUGUUUUUGAGAUGGCGAUUAAGACGAUUUUGAUACAUUUUUACUCUAUGGUUUACCAGUCCUAGGGCUCGACGAACAGCAACGAACGUAGCUAAGUUUUGACCACAGAAAAUGCCCAAUAUAACAUAUAUUAUACCCCCUUGCGUUCACAGCCCGGUUUCAGAUUUGUAUUGCCGCCACCCAAUUGCCUCAAUUCGAAUUUUCAAUGGUCCCCAGAAUGGUCGAGCGAACGAACAACGAAUGUAAACUAGUUCCAAAUCCAAACUGAGUGGCCAGUUUCAGUUUGUUAAUUCGGAAUGCCAAUUAAACGAUUUCAAUUGUCAGACACAGCGUCCGUCCCCAGAAAAGAGCGUUUGGUUUUCGAAUGGAGCGAAAUUAUACAGAGUAUUAUUUUGAAUUGCGAUCCAGUGAGAUUAGUUUUUACGAUGCAAUCUAAUUGUAGCUGUAGCUAAUUGUUAAUGGCCUACGAAAAUGCGAGAGGCGAAAUGUAAAUGUAACCAAAAAGCAUUGAACGAGUCUUUCCGCAUAUGAACAUGAAAAACACAUCAACGCAGACAAUUCCUGUAAUUAGAUAUACAUAUAUAUAUAGAAGAUGAAACUUAUCAAGUGUAACUCAGUGUCAGUACAUCCAUUAUCGGCAUUAUCGACUACCUGUGUACAUUUUUGGUGUGUUAAUGGCCUACAAUAUAUACGAUACACUCCGAGUAAGGAGCCAAAAAGAGGGCAACUAGCUUUGGUAAGGAUAAUAUGGGUACGAAGCAUUCAAAGAAUAUUCAAUUAACUUAAUAAAGACUCAACAAAUGUUAUGGUGUAA